GAAAGAGAGAGUGAGGACGGAUGCAAAGAAGGAGAAGGCGGAGGAGGAGGAAGGGAUACAAAAUCAUCUCAGGCUCCCAUGGAUUUAAAGCAGCACUGAGAUUUUAAGAAUAUUAAAAUAUUCCUGCCAAAACAUGCAGCCAAGAUGAAGAUGUGGAUUUUCUUUCUGUGCCUGACCAACGGGUGGGUGCACACAGCCUCCACUGCUGAUGUAACAACUACACCCUCCUCUGCACCGGUGACACCCACUGAAGAUGAGAGCACCCAGCUGGUGGAUUGGUUGAUAAAGUAUGGCUACCUCCCACCCUCAGACCCCACCACUGGUCAGCUGCAGGCCUGGACUGCAGUCACUUAUGCUGUCAGGGCCAUGCAGAGGUUUGCAGGCCUCAAAGACACUGGAGUUGUAGAUGAGGAGACAAUGUCGCUGAUGAAAAGUCCACGCUGCUCUCUACCUGACCAAGAGGAACCAUUCAAAUCAGUGUCCAACCAAGAGGGGACAAACAUGAAGAGAAGGAGGAGAAGGGCAAUCGCCACGUGGACACGCAGGAACAUUAACUGGAGGUUGCGUUCAUAUCCCUCCUCCUCCCAACUGUCCCAGGAAACGAUUCGAUCACUGGUCUUUUAUGCUCUACGAGUGUGGGCCGAUCCAACACCCCUGGAGUUCCAUGAGGUGGGCAGUCCGGAGGCUGCUGACCUACAGGUAGACUUCCUCCAUGGUUACCACGGUGACAGCUAUCCCUUUGAUGGGGCAGGCGGUGCAGUUGGCCAUGCUUUUUUCCCAUCAGAUCCUGCCCGGGCAGGAGGAGUCCAUUUGGAUGCAGAGGAGGAGUGGGCCUUCAGACAGCCAGCCUCUGAAGGUACAGAUCUGUUCACAGUACUGGUCCAUGAGUUUGGCCAUGCACUCGGCCUUGCUCACUCCUCAUCCCGCCACUCGGUGAUGAGACCUUACUACCAGGGUCCUGCUGGAGACCCUCUCCACUACAGCCUGGGAGUCCAAGAUCUGGAGCACAUCACUCAGCUCUAUGGUAAAAGGAAUCAGUUGCUGGCUACUGAUGCUCCCCGUCUUGUCCCAGAGCCUCAGUUGCACCACAAAGGCCACCGUCAACAUCACAGAUAUGACCCCUUCAUAGAUCGCUGUAACACCAGUUUUGAUGCUGUGGCAAGGAUCCGCGGCGAGACUUUCUUCUUCAAAGGUCGGACGAUGUGGCGAGUCAAUGGCGGCAGCUUGGUGUCAGCUCGCGGGGCUUCUGUCAGGAUGCUGUGGAGGGCUCUGCCACCUGACCUACCUCGUAUUGACGCUGUGCUGGAGAGACAGUCAGAUCACGCCAUCAUCUUCAUCAGUGGUUCUCAGUUCUGGCUGUUCAGGGAUCUGUCCCUGCAAGAAGGCUACCCUCAGCCCCUCUCUGCCCUCAGGAUGGGGGUGAAUUUAGCAUCUGAGGAAGAGGAAGAGGAGGAGCAAAAGAAAGCAGCGAGGUGGGGCCUGUUAUGGGACCCCAAGGAAGGCCCUGUGUGGGGGAACAUGGCAAAUCCUGAUGAAGACAGCAAGCAAGAGGACACCUGGACUCAGCUGCUUAGAGAGGGAGUCAGUGGCAUCACCGCAGACAGCGAUGGCUCCGUCUACCUCUUCAAAGGAGACUCCUACUGGAAGUUCACGUUUCCAGGCUCCUCACUGCAGGACGGAUACCCACGAUCUUCAUCCAAAGACUGGCUGGGCUGCACCGACUCCUCCUCAUCCUCACCUCUGGUGGAUGACCUCUCCUUGUCCCCAACUGCAGGAAGACAGGAGCUCAGGGAGAGGUGGAGGGAGGAAGCAGCAGGAAGGAUGAGGGACGGUGGGAGGGAGAGACAUGGACACAAACAUAAAGACGUACAGGACAGGGGUUCACACAUCUGGACACAAUGCACUUGCCAAAAUGGAGCCUUUGAUAGCAGGACACCUUUUGGUGCUGCCUUGCUGUUGAUUACAUGGUCACUUCUGUCUAUUUAAAGCUGCACAAGACAGGAAAGCUGUUUUAUCAGGUUUAAUCAGGAGGUGAAAAGCAACACAUCUGCAAAUAUUCAAGCCGCACAGUCAGGUGAAUAUGGGAACAUCUGCUCUGCAGUCUUUGUAAUAUUCUUGUAACGUACAUCACGUGACAUCACAUUUGGUUCUUGUUGUUCAUCCAUAAAGUGUCAGUCUACAAUAAAGUAGUAAAAGCAGGUCUACAAACAUUUGAUUUCCAUUGUGCUAGCAAUACAAGGUAAAAAGAAUCACGAGAGAACAUGUGAGGUCUUUGUGUCAAACUUGGUUUUUCCUGUGUUUUUGCAGUUCCUUUUUGACAGCCACAAGAGGGUGCACACCAGCACCGACUGAGAAAAUGUAUGGAUUUAUAAGUUGUACCAGCCAAUAUUAUCAUUAUAUUAUUAUUAUAAA